GCCCCUCUCGACCACGUUCGUACCGUACAUAUCAAUACCUGGAUCGAUAUGGCGUAAAGAACAUUGCCCUAUUCCAGAAAUGCCUGGCCGAUCAAUCCUCGAGCAGCCGACGUCUCAGCGAGUACCCUGACCUGAGCCAAUAUGUUCAUCCUGACCACCAUCUCAGAUCUCGUGCAGAUCCCUCCUCAUGCGUUCAAAGAUAAUCAAAUCACUCGAAAUGAUCUCGAGGACAGGAUCAAUGAGAAAUACUCUAACAGGGUAAUUCCCAAAGUUGGACUGUGUAUAUGUAUGUACGAUCUGCUCAAGGCGUCUGAUGGGUUGAUUGGCAAUGGAAAUGGCAACGUCAAUGUCAACGUGGAAUUUCGCAUGAUGGUGUUUCGACCGUUCAAAGGCGAGGUCAUUACAGGGAUUGUGCACAAAUGUACACCCAAAGGUAUCUACGUGACGACACAAUUCUUUGAAAACAUCUUUGUACCUUCGGGCAUGUUGUUUGAGGAUUGUCAAUAUAAUGAGGCCGAGAAGGUGUGGGUGUGGAAAACUGAAGGCGAGGAAUUCUUUUUCGAUCCCAGUGUGAUUGUCAAUGUUCGAGUCGAAGCUGAGAAAUGGCCGACCCUGAUACAGAAGAACUCGAGUAUUAAAGACUCGGAUGAAGAAGACGAGACCUUGAACACUUCAUAUUCAAUUCAGGCUGCGAUGGAUCAGGCUGGACUAGGUGGCGUUGAAUGGUGGUGAGUAGGGCGUGUUACCUCUAUCACCACCUGGACCAUCCAAAGCUGGAAUUAUGAUUGAAUCAAACAUGUCUAUGAACAUGACUGGAGUAAUUCCUCUACCAACGUGAAAAGUGUUAUCCGUGGCUAAGCGGGGUGGAUAUGUAUCAAAUCACCAAGCCCAGAGAUGUAACAAAGGAUCAAAAAUGCAUAGAAGGUGUCAUUGAUUGA